CGCACGCCCUCAGCAGUCACGCCCACCGCGGCGAUGACCGUCAAACAUAACGACUUCUGGUGACUCCCGCGCCUGUAGUUGCCUACCAUGGACCCCUGGCCGCCCCAAGGUGCGCAGGGCUUCCCCAACGGCCAACAUCCUCCCCAGUCGCAGCCAAACGGUUAUCCGCAAACUGGAUAUGUGCCGUAUGCCCCUCCGCAAGCGGGCAUGACUCAGGGCUUCCCCCAGUCGCAGCCCGCUCAAGGACACCCACGAGUUGUAAUACCUCCUCGCCCAAGCCAGCAAUACCCUCCGCAGUCGAACACGCGCCCACAAGCCCAGCCGCAGCCGCAGGUCGUCAUGCCGGCGAGAAAUCCAAACCCGCUUCCCCAGAUGCAGAAUCCGCGAAUACGGCAAGUGCAGGUACCCGUACAAAGGCAAGCCCAGCGUGCGAACAGCGACGGAGUUGCGCCGAGGGAUGCCAAUCGCACUCAGCCGCGACACCAGGCCCCGACGCAGACGCCGGUAUCGAAGCCGGUGCAAAGAUCACAAUCACCACAGGAGAAUGUUAUGCGGUCGCAGCAUCGAACCGCAAGCACGCCUAUGAGCAAUGCCAACCAGCAUCGAACUCCCCUGCAAACGCAAAACACGCCGAAUCCGCGAACACCAACACAGCCGUAUACGCCCUCGAGCCAGUACCGAACCCCUUCGCUCCAGCAUUCGUCCCCCCAAGCGCGGCCGCACCCUCAAGUUGUCAUCAAGAAAUCUUCUUCUUCCCAGCUCCAUACACCGACGAGACCACAGCAUGUGCCCCCAAAAGCGCUUCCGGCUGACCUAAUGGUCUUGAUACUCUCUGCAGCGGACGAAUACAUCGCCGCGGCGCGCAGCUUGGGAUCACUAGCGGCCUUAUCGCAGAGAUCCGCCGACCACGAUCAAUACUACAAGCUCAUGGCAGCUGCAAUGGGCUGCAUGGAGACUGUUCUGAAGAAGUACAGCCAGAUACCGCGCGAUGAGGCGAAGCUCAGGCUCAGAUACGCCAGUUUACUGGUGGAGGAGACGGACAACAAUCAGGAGAUUGAGGAGACUCUGGCCAAGGGGAUAGCUCUUUGCAACCGUAGUCGCCUGCUCGACCUGAAAUAUGCCAUGCUGCAUCUGCAGGCCCGGUAUCAAUUCAAGAGCAACCAUCGGGCGGCGCUCAAGCUACUGGAUCAGCCUAUUUCUGAAACAGAGACGUUCCAGCACAUUGUCUGGGUGUAUGCAUUCCGCUUUCUAAAGGUGUCGUUGGCGCUGCAGGUCCCAGGACGCCCAGAGACAGCUUCCGCCCUUCAGCAAUUGCACGCACUUGCGAACCACGCCGAGAAACGAGGAGAUCAUGCAAUAUAUGUCACCUGCUGUGCGCUUGAGGCCAUGAUACACUUGAGGACAACCGCACCAGACCGUCUCGAGCACGCCCAACGCGCCAUUGCGUCAGCACGAAGUCUUCAGCUUCAGACCUCGGAAAGGCAGCUGGGUCAGAUUGCGGUACUGAUCGACUGUAUUGACGUUGCCUGCAGCCUUCAGCAAGGCCAGCCCAAUGCAGAGAAGCUGAAUGCUCUGCAGCAGAAGGCUGAUCGGGACGCGGGUCCCGAUAACGGUGUAUUUUCGGUCCUAAUCGAGAAGAGUUUCGGUGGCAACCUGACGUUCUCUACGGGUGACGUUUUCCGCAAAGCUGAGGAUGGACGGGAUGAGCUGGUGUUCGCUUGGCUCCCCAAGUCUGAUUUCAAAAUGCUUGCCUACUAUCUCAGCGGUAUGAUCUCGCUGCCUCAUGACAGAGGCAACAGCUAUCUGCAGGAGGGGCAUAGGCUCACUCAAGCUUCUCUGCCACGCCAGUCUUCGUACAGAGUGUCGAUACCAGUCUCAUUGGCGCAACGAAACUGGGUCAAGAUCCUUGACUGGCACAUCAAAUUCGCUCUCGGUGUCGUCGCAUGCUACCACGAAGACAAGUCGACCGUGAAGAAUGCCUUAACUAUGCUUCGGGAUCGGAUAGCCGAACCACCCUUCCAUUGCCUCGAGCCUUACGCCAGAAUGCUAUCGUAUUUGUCCGGGGUCCACGACCAAAGCAGCGGCUCGAUAGACGCAGCGUUGGCGACUUACUCCCGCCCAGAGUUCAACCUCCCUGAUGUGGGAUCUGGAACCGACUUCAAGACGGACAUUGCACUCCUCGCAACGAUGAAUCGGCUGCUUAUCAUUCGGGAUCCAGCACAUCCAGACCACUAUCUCGCGCAAGUGCUGUAUGCACAGCUGGAACACCUUUGUGUUAACCACCCGAAUCACUAUAUCGAAUGCGCCUUUCGCAUAAUCCGCGUAAUUACCACGGCAGACGAGUCCAUUAACCGCCAGAAGACGCUGAUCCACACGACAACUCAACGAGCUCAAAAGAUAAACAACACCCAGUUUACGGCCAUAUGUCUUAACUACAUGGCAAGCAGGUUUUUCGCAAAUCAGGUCGGCGAGCAGCCUAUCAAAUGCGUGCGUGCCGCUCGCAACGUCAGCAAGGGCGGAAGGAGUGCGCUGUGGCGGGCAGUCGCGUACGGCAUAUGCAUCAACACUUUCCAGCGCAACGGCCUGCUGGAAGAUGCGCGUACCUGUCAAGAGGCAUUUAAUGAGAUCAGAGGCAGACUACCGCCGGCUCUAAGAGGCGAGACACCCGACGCGGACGGUGAUAUCGACGCUGACGGCGAUAUCGACAUGAUGGAGUAAGAAGAGAUCUCACGUUUGUGCAUUUGGCGGCGUUGUGUGAUGGAAACCAUUUUUUGUUCAAUUCUACCGUUACGGAUGCUACAUGGGUUACGGACAGGUCGGCGCUCUAAGGAUCGAUCUCCGAUAGCCAUUUCGGUUCCCACGGUAUUAUAGGUAUGGGCGGGCACGGCCUGAGAUGGAGGCGCUGUUUCACCCCGGUUACGAGGCAUUGCAUGUAUUAUGAAUCUAUCUGGGGAUGGACGAAACAAAGAGAUAUCCUUUGGGUGUUUAUAGGGAUGCAUUUUAGCUGCCAUUAUGCCUUGCGGGCAGUCAAUGUAUAAAUCGAAG